AUGCGUCUUCUGGUCGGCACUUUGGGUCUAUGGUUCUGUCUUGUUUUGGCUGCUCGCCUUGACCUGCGUGCGACCUGGACUGGUCCUCUGAGCACUCGGGGUCGCUAUGUCGUCGAUGCCAACGGCAAUCGUUUCAGAAUGCGGGGCGGAAACUGGCACGGUGGAAGCGGAACCUAUCUAGGCUCUGGUGACAUCAACGACGAUGCAAACCACCACGAGGGGGAGAAUGCGCACACUAUGCCGCUUGGUCUCCAAUAUAUCCCAAUCGACAAAAUUAUAGACUCCUUCGUCGAAAUUGGGAUCAACACAAUUCGUCUUCAAUUUGCGCAUUCCAUGAUUCGCGACACCACUGUUAUCAACGACGCCUGGGUGGCCGCCAACCCGCAGCUCAGGGGGCUCACCCCACUGCAAGUCUAUGAUGCUGUCAUUACUGCACUCACCAACCGCGGCGUUGCUGUCAUCAUGGACUACCACGCAAUUAAGGCUACCUGGGCGGAUGAUGACAAUCAACGCUGGGAUGAGUCACAAAGCUUCGACUCAUAUGCGGCCGACUGGGUAUUUAUGGUCACUCGCUACAAGUCCAACAAGCGUGUUGUAGGCGCUGAUCUUUAUAACGAAGUCCGUCGCGAUAUCUUGACUGACCCGAACUGGGGCAAUGGAGACGGCGCCGACUGGCACCAGGCUUCGCAGCGUGUUUCUGACCAGAUAUUGACUGCUAACCCUGACAUCCUCACCAUCGUUGAGGGCAUUAACUGGGUCGGCAUUCCCAUCGAUGGCUUUCCUCACGGCCGCCCUACCCUCAUUCCUGUUGCGGAACUCUCGCACGUUCCACUCGUUCCUCAUAAGCUUGUUUACAGCGCCCAUUUCUAUGCCUACACUGGCCCUAGCCACACCGGUGCGACUGGUCUCGGCGAAACCACCGACUCUCGCUACCGCGACCUCGGCCGUGACGAUCUUUUCGCUGUCCUCAAAAGCUCCGCACUCUAUGUCGCCCUCACCAGCCAGAUGCACUAUACCGCGCCAGUCUGGAUCUCCGAGUUUGGUGUCGCGCGCACGGACGACUUGGCUUUAGAUCGCACGUGGUGGUCGAACUUUCUCGAUUUCCUCGCUCAGACGGAUGCAGAAUACGCGUUCUGGCCGCUUGUCGGCUAUCUCAAUGCGACAACUAUGGCCGGCAACGGGUGGGCGCUGAUGAACUGGGAGAAAGUACCUGGUGGUGGCACCCGUAAGGGCCUGCUUGACGGAGACGACUGGCGAGCAACGGCGUGGAACCAAUUGCUGAAUGCAAAUUCAGCGACUGGCCAGAUUGCGAUUGUCCCGGAGUGGAAACAACUGGCUCUUGACCAUGGUGACUUCAUCCAGUCACAGUAUGCCCGCGCCAACCUUGGCGACUGGGACAACGGCGCAUAUAAGGCAAACUGCCCCGAUAACUUGCGCCUAAUCGGACUGUCACGUGGUUCAACGCGGGGCCUCUGCACGGACGUUGGCCUGGGAAACUUGUUUGAUGGCGCGACACAGACUGUGUGGGACGAGCGCUAUCUCCGUAAUGACUGGGCCAGCGGCUACACCAAGUACACCUGCCCCGUCAACUUCUAUGCUGCUGGCUAUGCUAUCCGCGGCGCCAAAGUGUCGACGGUUAUUUGUGCCCGCGCAAACAAGCCGCUUGGUACCAAUGGCCGCACUGUCUGGUUUGAUCAGGGCGACAACAGGGCCGACCAGCUUGGUGGCGACUUUGCGGCAUACCAGUACAAGGGGAGCUGCGCUUCGAAUGAGUAUAUCGGCGGAGUUGCGUUCACAACCAGGAUCUUCAGCAACGGCGCUCCGGCCGCUAUUUAUUGUGUGUCGUAG